AAAGCUGGGGCUUUCUGGCUGUGAGAAAAGCGAUGAGGUUGAUCAGUAAUCAGGGAAGCCUGAUCUUUAGGAAAGCUGCAGCAAUGAAGGCUUUGACCCUCAUCCUCCUGAUUUUCCUCCCUGCUGGAAGGGAAGCCAAAAUAUUUGACAGAUGCCAACUUGCUUCUGCUCUGAAAUCGAAUGGAAUGGAUAGAUACUAUGGCAUCCACUUGGACGACUGGAUUUGUCUGGUUCAUCAUGGGAGCGGAUUUGACAGCAAAUCGGUAACCUCGCGAAAGAACGGAAAGAUUAAAUUCUUUGGGAUUUUCCAGAUAAGCAGCCAAUGGUGGUGUAAAAGGAAUCAGGGAUAUUCAGCUAAUCGCUGCAAAAUGCCCUGCAGUGCUUUCAUAGAUGACGAUCUUGGAGAUGAUAUUGCAUGCGCUAAGAAAAUUGUGUUGGAUAGGCAAAAGAUGAAUGCCUGGGAAGAUUGGCAAGUAAACUGCAAAGGGAAAAAUAUCUCAAGGUGGACUUCGGACUGCAAAUUUGAUUUCUAUGAUUCUGGAUAAGGCUGUACGUAGGUCUUUGAUUAGAUGCUUUUCUUAAUAUAAGAAACCUUCCGCACACUGUUUUAAGUAGCUAUUAUCUUCAGCCUAUCUUGUUAUAUCACUUCUUUGGAACAUCCUCAAUAAAUUCAAGAAACAGCGUACAAUCAUUUUCUCUUUGAUGACUGAGAAGAUCAAAAAAUAGAAGAGUAUUUUGCCUUCAGACAUGGUUAUAGAAGAGACAAACAUUUGAUUCUGACUUCUGUCCCACUAUUUGUAUUCACAUACGGUUUACUCGGUACUGUUUCUGUAUUUCCAUUUAAAAAAAAAUAAAGAUUAAUCUUUAGCUUGAA